CUAUAUCUGGCUGUAGGCCUAGGCUACUGCGUUAUCAAACGGCAACGCCAACAAAAAUAGUGCCUCUGUGGUCUGGUGGUGUCUAAUCCAAGUUUGGAGCAAUAUACAUAAAAUAUUUUAUUCAUGCUUGCAGCUACUAAAAACAGAAAAAGAUGUCUAGCCAGGAAAUAUAAAACAUAGAAAAUGAAUUCUGCUCAUGCAACUGAAGCAACUCCACAAGAUGGGUCUAAUCCCAUUCUGUUCAUAAAUUUCAAUCAAGAUUUCACUUCACUUUCAAUUGGUUCGAAAUAUGGAUAUAAACUCUAUACUGUCAACUCUGUUGAUAACUUGGAAAAAAUAUAUGAUAACGCAAGUGAAACGACUGAUGUAUGCAUAGUAGAACGGCUGUUUUCCAGUAGUCUUGUCGCUAUUGUCAGUACAAAUGCACCAAGGAAAUUGAAGGUAUGCCAUUUCAAGAAAGGAACUGAGAUAUGUAAUUACAGUUAUUCGAAUACAAUACUUGCUGUGAAAUUAAAUCGUUUAAGACUGGUUGUUGUGUUGGAAGAAAGCCUAUAUAUUCAUAAUAUCAAAGACAUGAAGGUACUUCAUACAAUAAGGGACACACCACCUAAUCGAGAUGGUAUAUGUGCACUCAGUGUGAACAAUAAUGAUGUAUCAUUCCUUGCAUAUCCUGGUAGUACUCUUGUGGGAGAGGUUCAAAUAUUUGACAUCACUAAUUUGAAGGCAGUGAUGACAAUCCCCGCUCACGACAGUCCUCUUGCUGCCCUCACCUUUGACUCCUCUGGUACCAAACUUGCAACAGCUUCAGAGAGAGGUACAGUUAUUCGAGUUUUUUCUAUUCCUGAUGGUCAACGACUUUUUGAACUCAGAAGGGGAAUGAAGAGAUGCGUUCGGAUAUCAUCUUUAGCUUUUAGUACGGACUCUGUGUUCCUGUGCGCAUCCAGUAACACAGAAACGGUGCAUAUUUAUAAACUGAUCGAUCCCGGGCAGGAGAAAAAUGCAGUCGCUGCAACAGAAGAUGGAAGUACAUGGAUGGGUUACUUUAACAAAGUUUUAACCACAUCCGCAAAUUAUUUGCCGACUCAAGUUUCGAGUGUACUGAACCAAGGUCGUGAUUUUGCCACUGUGAAACUACCAGUAUCUGGAACACGAAACGUAUGUGCCAUUGUUAGUAUGCAGAAACUACUGCGUGUUGUUGUCGCAGGAUACAAUGGGUAUUUGUACAUAUACAGCCUUGAUGCCCAGGAAGGAGGAGACUGUUCUCUCAUUCGUCAACACAGUGUUCUGCAAAAUCAGUCUGAUGAUAUGGAACAGGGAGCAACAGCGACCCCUGAACCUGAUCAAGCUGGCGAAUCUCCUGACUCUAACAAAUAUCAGCACUUGCCAACUACCUCAAUACAGAUUGAAGCCUCUGCAUCACAUAACAUAGUGGAUGACAAGUUAUCAUAGAAUGGUAUUGGAGGCAAUAGAAUGUUCAAAGAUACAUCAAUGUAAUCAGAUAAAGACAAACUCAGGAGUUGCCAACACCAGAAUAAGCCAUGAGUACAAAUUUAGUACAUGGAAGAUUUUUAAGAAUAAGCAAUCCUCUCAUAGAAAUAUAUCUUUGUCUUUUACAAGUUCGAAAAUUCUGAUGAAAAGUCAUGGUAAUGUGCCAAUAUAAAAUCAUACAAAGUCGGUAGAUAUUCAUUAUAUAUUUUGGGGGGAUAAGUUUCGAUGGAGGUAUAAAUGACAAAAUAUUACUCACAGAUCUCAGAUUUUCAACCUAAUUUUCAAUCAUUCCAUCUUGAUUGGUUAUUUCAAAGCUUUUAGCUUUGAUUAGCUUUUAUAUAUCUCUGUCCGAUAAAUGAGCAGUAGUAUUAAUAAAGCUGUGUGAAAUUUUGCUUUUUAUUUCGAAUUCAUGUUCCUUUAAGUCUCUGUAUUGUAAUAUUCUUUUUGCUCAUAUUAAUUGUUUUUAUUUGUGACUUCAUAUUGUAAUUGUACACUUCUGUUGAUAAAGAAAGUCUGGUGACACCAAUCUUCCCGAUUUUAGAGAUUCAGAUGUCUAGCUAUUAUAAUUGGCUAUCAGUAAUUAACCCAUUUAAUUAUAUUAUUGUAUUUGUUCGUUAUAAUUGUACAAAUGAUAAGUUUUGUAUAUUUAUUGAUUGUUUAAAGUAAAAGUGCAAAUAAAUCAUUUGUAAAUAUUA